AUGGCCGCCGAUUACGCCGCUGUAAUUGUUAAAGUGGAAACAAAAGAAGAAGAGCCUGACAUGAAAGUAGAACCAAAACAAGAGGGGCCCGACGUGAAAGUGGAACCCAUAGACGAAGAUAUCGAUUUGUCUAUGCAGGAAAUGGUGCAUGUCAACAUAGUUCCUCAAACCGUGAAGGAAGAAGAUGAUUUAAAAUAUGUUCCAACUAUGGCCGCCGAUUACGCCGCUGUAGUUGUUAAAGUGGAAUCAAAAAAAGAAGAGCCUAACUUAAAAGUGGAACCAAAAGAAGAAGAUGAUAUCAAUUUGUCUUUGGAGGAAAUGGUUUAUGUCAACAUUGCUCCUCAAACCGUGAAGGAAGAAGAUGACGUGCAUUUAACGUCAAUUGACUUUAAAUGUGAUCUCUGCAAUUACGUAACAAAUUUAAAAGAAAAUCUGGACAAACAUUUGAUAACACACAUUUCGAUUAUGUCGUCGGAUGACACUUUAAUGGUGAAAGUAGAACCAAAACACGAAUAUGUCGAAUUGGAACCGAAACAAGAGGAAGGGGUUGAUGCAGAGGCAGAAGAUAUCGACCCGUUGGGUCAUGUGAAUUCAGAAAUGGACAUGGUUCUGCCAGUGUUCAAAGAAGAAAAUGGCGAGAUUGAAAUUAGGCAAGAUCAUCUUUUAAAGGGGGAAACUUUUGUGGCGUAUAAAUGUCAACGUUGCGAUUACAUCACAAAUUUAAUUGAGGACUUUAACUUACAUUGUUUAACACACAACAUUUUCAAGUGUGAUCAGUGCGAUUACACGACAGACUUAAAGCGGUUACUUCAGCAGCACAACUCGAUUCAUAUUCGCAAAGAGACUUAUAACAUGUAUUUGACUAUGCACAUUUUAAAAAAGCAUACAGUGCCAGAAGUAACACACACUGCCAAGCGUUUGAAAUGCCAUCACUGUGGUUAUACAUCCAACAGAGAAAGCUAUUUCAAGCUCCAUCUCUUGUCGCACAGGCCAACGAAAGAAUUGAAAUGCUUGCAUUGCAACUUUGCAACGAACAUAAAGUACAGACUCAGACAGCACAUGUCCGUACACAGCACAAAAAACUUCAAAUGUACCCAAUGCGACUAUGCAGCAACUCGCAAGGAAUAUUUGAAGUUGCACUGCUUAUCAAAGCAUGUCACUUCGAAACAGUUCAAUUGUGACAAGUGCAAUUUUGCUACAAAUCUAAGGGACAGCCUUAACAAGCAUGUAGUAAAACACAAUCCCAAACAUUUCAAAUGCGAACACUGCAAAUUCGCAACUAACAGAUCGGAGUACCUCAAGACCCACGCUUUGUCACACAAAACCACCAAAGACUUAAAAUGUUUCCACUGCAACUUCGAAACAAACGUAAAGUCGACACUCAGAAACCACAUGUCCGUACAUAGCACUUUGAAGAACUUCAAGUGCGACCAUUGCAACUACGCGUCAUCGAGAAAGGAUAUCCUCAAGUUGCACUGUUUGGCAAAACAUGCCACUUUUAAAAAAUUGAAGUGCGACAAAUGCGCGUACGCGACAAAUUUGAAAAGGUGCUUCAACAACCAUGUGUUAAGACACAAUCCCAAACAUUUGAAAUGUGACAGUUGCAAAUACGCAACAAAUAAAGAACACAAUUUUAAGGUUCAUCUUGUGUCGCACCAAAGUGCAAAGAAGAUUCAAUGA